AAUCUUCCCUCCCUGGGGGCAGCGAGUCUCGGCAGCUCCCGUGGAACCGGCCACCUUCCCCCCAAUCACUGGUAUUCCGCUGCUUGGGAGGUCCAAGAGGGAUUCCUCAGUCCCUUCGGGAACCAAACAACGCAAGCACAGCGGCACUGGCAAGAAAUCCGUGACCUGGAAGGCAACGGUGUCUGAACCUGCGGUGGCAGGAGAAGACAAGGACCCAAAUAGAGACCCAGCCGCAAAGGGCCAACUUCCAACACACAGGCGAGGGCGAUCUUUUUCGCGCAGACAUCGUGGGGAAUCCAGCCGUGGCAACCUCAAUACCAGAGCCUCCCAGGAUCCAGGAAGCUUAGAGCCCCUGGCCCGGAACCAGGGAGAUGACAUGCCCAGAGGGCCUGCACCCCCAGGUGACCAGGAACCACUCGACCAGCCCCCAAGACCAGAAAGGCAGCAGCAGGCACCAGGAGCACAGGGCUGUCCUCGGUGUCCCGUGCUACAGAGAAAAAUAGACAGCCUCAAGGAGCAACUCGCGGCCAUGGAGAACCUGGCUUACAAGUUCCAGAUCCUGUGAAGUUGAGCCCGGCAUCUUCAUGCAAGAGGAGCCGCUGAUACCUCUGGGGCCCGGGAGCUG